GACCUAUGUCUUAGGGCGAACACAUUUGCUGUUGUCACAAUACAUGUUCUCACAUCACUGCUCUGUGACGGGCAGACAUAUGGGAGUGUUCUUUAAAUGGAAAGUAUGACAGAGUCCCACCCAUACCAGUUAUCGCUAAGUAGCUAGCUUAGUCAAAACUGCGGCUGGUCACAGAAUUACGUUCAUCCAGGAAGAGGCUAUACAAGCAGACUGAAUUCUGUUUUAUGCUUAAAGCCAUGAGCUACCCUGGAUACCCCCCCCAGGCAGGUGGAUACCCACAACAGCCUGGGGCUUUUCCUCAACAACCUGGUGCCUACCCCCCUCAGCCUGGAGUAUACCCUCCCCAAGCUGGAGGCUUCCCGCAGCAGCCAGGCGGUUACCCUCCUCAACCAAGUGGCUAUCCUCCACAGGCAGGAGGCUAUCCUCCACAAGCAGGAGGCUAUCCUCCACAAGCAGGAGGCUAUCCACCUCAGGCUGGAGGCUAUCCGCCUCAGGCUGGAGGCUAUCCACAGGCACUACCACAAGGCAGCUGGGGAGGUGGCCCAGCUGGUGGAUAUCCCUCCAUUGGUCUUGACAACUUAUCCAAUCCUGGAUACAUGGCUGGCAUGGCCAACCAGAUCUCUUCUGUCAUGGCGGGGUUUACUCAAAACCCAUCCAUGUUUGCCCAAGCCCCUGGGGGUCAUCCACCUGCCACUCAGCCUGGCGGGUAUGGUUCCCCCAUCCCUAACCAACAGUCAUAUGGCCUGUACCCACAGCCCGGAGGGAACAUGCAACACCCCCAAGGCCCAGGGAUGGGCUACCCUGGUCAGCCUGGUCAGCCUGGUCAGCCUGGUCAGCCUGGCCAGCCAAUGCCCGGGUACCCCGGAGCACCAUCACCAAACCCACCCAUGCCUGGUUAUGGAGGAGCACCUGCACCUGUGCCAGGUUACCCACAGGCCCCUUCACCAAAUCCAUCAAUGCCAGCCUACAACCCAGGAACCAUGCCAAUUGCUCCACUUGUCAACAGAGGAUUCAGGGGAACAAUCAUGGACUUUCCUGGAGCUGACCCACUUAGAGAUGUGGAGGUCCUGAGGAAGGCCAUGAAGGGCUUUGGAACUGAUGAGCAAGCCAUCAUCGACUUACUGGGGAGUCGCUCUAACAAGCAGCGCGUUCCUUUGCUCCGGGCCUACAAAACCUCCUAUGGCAAGGAUCUGAUUAAGGACCUGCACUCGGAACUGUCUGGAAACUUUAGGAGUCUGGUCAUGGCCACAUUGAAGACCCCUUCUGAGUUUGAUGCCUUUGAGAUCCACAAUGCCAUAAAGGGAGCUGGAACUGAUGAAGCCUGUCUGAUAGAGAUCCUGUCUUCUCGCUCCAACGCUGAAAUCAAGGAGAUAAGCCGUAUUUACAAACAAGAAUACAAGAAGACAAUGGAAGAUGCCAUUAGUGGCGAUACUUCUGGCCACUUCCGCAGGCUCCUGAUCUCUCUCGCCCAGGGUAAUCGUGAUGAACGAGAGCAGGUUGACAUCUCUCUGGCUAAACAAGAUGCUCAGGCCCUGUAUGCUGCUGGAGAAAACAAGCUGGGAACAGAUGAAUCCAAGUUUAAUGCUAUUUUGUGUGCCAGGAGCAAACCCCAUCUCAGAGCAGUGUUUCUUGAGUACCAGCAGAUGUGUGGCAGGGAUAUCGAGAAGAGCAUCAGCAGGGAGAUGUCCGGAGACCUUGAGAGUGGCAUGUUGGCAGUGGUGAAGUGUAUUAAGAACACAAGUGCCUACUUUGCUGAGAGACUUUACAAGUCCAUGAAGGGAGCUGGGACCAAAGACACAACCCUGAUCCGGAUCAUGGUCUCCCGUUCUGAGGUUGACAUGCUGGAUAUCCGCCAGGAGUAUGUCAAAAACUACGGAAAGUCACUGUACACGCAUAUCUCUGGAGACACAUCUGGGGACUACAAGAAACUUCUACUGAAGUUAUGUGGUGGCAAUGACUGAAAAGGAAAUAGGGACUACUACAAUAUAUAAAUGUUCUAUAAAUAUCAGUUUUCUGCCUUUAUCUAUAUGCACUAUACACAAACCGCAAACCUGCAUGCCAUACUAGUACUAUCAAUGCAAUGUUUACCUAUACAGAAUACACAAAAAGGUUUUAUAUUUUUUCACUUGUGAUAUCUGGAAAUUUGAGUUGAAUAUACAUGGCCAUACAAUAGAUUUAAAAGAGAUUACAUUUGUUUUUUUUUUAGAGCUAUAUAUUUUUAAGAUAUUUUAUAUCAAUUUUGCUAAUACGAUCAGAUAACGAAUGAUAUCUGGAAUGUUUAUCAGCUAAUUUUUUUAUGUUCAGCAAUGCUGAAUCAAGUAUGAGACCUAGAAUACAUAGCAGCUAAGUACCAAAGUUGUUUGUCAAUUUUUGCAAUUGUAUAAUCUCUUCUAUAUUUUGUUUUACACUAUUUCUUUGUUCAUCAUAGUUGUGCUGUAUUUGCAGCAAAUGCUUUAAUUUGUGUACGUAUACCUGGCGUAGCAUGUAAAGCUCAGGUAUCACAUUUCAUAAAUUGUUGAUUUGGUCUUCAUGAGUGUCAGAAAAUAAAUAUUCAGAACGCAUA